AUGAAGGCCAAAGUGGAAGAUAAGGAUUGUUAUGGUGUAAAUGUCAGCGGUGAAGUUUGGAUCUGCCAGUCUUUCUCAGAAUGCCUAAUUGGCAGAAGGAAAUGGAGAAAAUCCAGAAUUCAAGCUGUUGGCUAUCCAAAGACAGCCACAGUGAAGGCAAUGUGGCCUUCCACAUCCGAGUGUUCAUGGAGUCGAUUUCAAAGGCCCAAGAGCCCUGACAGAGGAGGCAUUAUAGACUGGCAGUGCCAGUCCCUGGGUUAUAGCAAUGGAGUCAAGUUUUUUACCCCACAAUUUCAGCAGCAGCAGCAGCAGCAGCAGCAGAAGCUUCAGAUUAAGCUGCCAAUUUCAAAGACGAAAUAUUCCCUUUCAACUCUUGGAAGGGUGUCAGCGAUCACGCAUCUCCCUCUGAGUCUUGAAACAGUGCUGUGGAAUUUCCGUUUCCCUAGUGCUUCAUGCUCAGCAGCGAAGCCUUGGAAGUCAUUGCACAAGUACUUUUCAUAUCCUUCUGGGGCAGAGUUCGCCGAGUGGGUCCCUGAGACAUCAAGACCCCUUCGCCGUGUGUGUCAGGAGGCUGUGCAGAGGAGCUUAGGCAGAUCUGUGUGCACCAGGGCCCUGCUCAGAGCAGCAGGUGCCAGGACACACCGGGCAGGGAGCCAUUUAGAAACCCUUCAAAGACUUAUCCAGGCUCAGUGGCAUCACACUUGUUCUCAAUGCAGCAGAAAUGCAAAGGAGAGGAAGGGUUCUAAGGACCCCAGAUACUUACUUGAGCUAGUUCAUGUGGAUUCCAUCGUACUGUGCAUCAAAGUAAAUUCUUUUUGCAAUACAAAUAAUACCAGGUGCCUCCCACCUUCUUGCCAAAACAAUUCUACAUGCAAAGGUUUGUCACAAGACAGCAAUUGCCAUUGCUCAGACAUAGCCAAUAAUGCCGACAAAGACUGUGAAAAUAUUAAAGAUCCUUGCUCCCCCAAUCCUUGUCAAGGAGUCGCCACUUGUGUGAACACCCCAGGAGGAAGAAGUUUUCAGUGCCAAUGUCCUCCCGGGUACGGUGGGCUGACGUGUGAAACUGCCAUUGGCUCCUGUGGUGUGGACUCGUGCCAACACGGAGGUGUUUGCCACCACGACCGUGUUCACCUGGUCUGCAUCUGCCCUGCUGGAUAUGGCGGAGGAUUCUGCGAGAUGGAUUGCAAUGAGUGCGCUUCCGGUCCUUGCCACAACGGGCAGGACGGGAUCGAUGGCUAUUUCUGCUUCUGUGUCCCAGGAUAUCAAGGGAGGCACUGUGACUUGGAAGUAAAUGAAUGUGUCUCAGGUCCCUGCAAGAAUGAGGCUACGUGCCUCAAUGAGAUAGGAAGAUACACUUGUAUCUGCCCACAAGGUUAUUCUGGUGUUAACUGUGAAUUACAAAUGAAUGAAUGUCGGUCCCAGCCCUGUCACAAUGGUGCAGCUUGUCCGGGUGCCUUGGGUGCUUCUUUCUGUGACUGCGCCCCUGGAUUCCUAGGGGCUCACUGUGAACUCCAAGUUGAUGAGGGUGCCGGUCAGCCAUGUCUCCAUGGGGGGCUGUGUGUGGACGGGAUCAACAGAUAUAGCUGUGACUGUUUGGGCAGUGAAUUCACAGGGACACACUUCGCCCUGCUGCCUCUCUGUUGGUCAAAACCUUGUCACGAUGAUGCUACCUGUGAAGACAGUGUUGACAAUUACCUUUGUCACUGUUGGCCCGGGUACACAGGUGCCCCGUGUGAGACAGACAGCAGGUGCAGGAGCCGUCCCCGCCAGUGCGGUGGGCAGUGUGUGCAGCUGUCCGAGAAGCGAUCCGGAGGGCGCCUCGCCCAGCUGCCUUCUUCACGCAGCUCGCACAGCCUCGCAGGCUAUGUUUGUAUUUGUCGGCCUGGAUUCACAGGGAUUCAUUGUGAAGAAGACAUCAAUGAAUGUUUCUUAAAGCCUUGCCAAAAUGGCGGUACCUGUGAGAACUUGCCUGGAAAUUACACUUGUCAUUGCUCAUUUGAUAACAUUUCUAGAACAUAUUAUGGAGGCCAAGACUGUUCUGAGGUUCUCUUGGGCUGCACACAUCACCAAUGUCUAAAUAAUGGAAUUUGCAUCCCUCACUUCCAAAACGGCCAACAUGGAUUCAGCUGCCUGUGUCCGCCUGGCUAUACUGGGUCACUAUGUGAAACUCUCACCACACUUUCAUUCGAGGGCAGUGGCUUCCUGUGGGUCACAAGUGGCUUGCAUUCAAGCCACGGCUCAGUUUGUAGCACUGCCUUCAAGUUUCAGACUGUUCAGUCCAUGGCACUUCUACUUUUCCGGGGUGACAGAGACACGUUUGCAAAGCUGGAGCUCUUAAGAGGCCACAUUCACUUAUCAAUUCAAGAUCGUAAUCGGUCAAAGGUGCUUCUGAACAUUUCUCACAGCACCAGCCAUGGGGAGUGGCACUCGGUGGAGGUGAUAUUUGCAGAGGCUGUGACCCUUUCUUUAAUGGACAACUCCUGUAAGGAGAAAUGCAUCAUUAGAGCUCCUUCUCCAUUUGAAAGCUAUCGAUCCAUAUGUGCUUUUCAGAACUCUUUUUUGGGUGGUUUACCAUCGGAAAUGACCGGAGGUGAUGUUACACUUAGCAUCUAUGAUAUAGCAUUCACACCUUCAUUUUUAGGCUGUCUCCAAGACAUUAAAUUUGAUUCAAAUCAUGUUACCCUGGAGAACAUUUCAUCCAAUGUGUCAUUAAAUAUCAAGGCAGGCUGCAUGAGAAAGGAUUGGUGUGAAAGUCAACCUUGUCAAAAUAGAGGACGCUGCAUCAACUUGUGGCUUGGCUACCGGUGUGACUGCUACAGGCCGUACGCAGGCCCCACCUGUCUGAGAGAGUACAUGGCAGGCAGAUUUGGCCAAGACGACUCUACCAGAUAUGCUGUCUUUAAGGUGGAAGAGAAUUACGGACAGAACUUCAGCCUCUCCAUGUUUGUGCGAACACAGAGACCGUCAGGCUUCCUUCUAUCUUUGGAAAACAGCACUUAUCACUACAUUCGUGUCUGGCUAGAGUGUGGCAGAUUAGCAUUGCUGACUCCGGGUGCUCCAAAAUUCCUAGUAAAAUUGGUUCUAAAUGAUGGAAAUGUCCACUUAAUAUCUCUGAAAAUCAAGCCAAGUAAAAUUGAACUGUAUCAGUCUUCACAAAUGCUAGGAUUGAUUUCUGCUUCUAUGUGGAAAAUCCAAAAGGGAGAUGUCAUCAACAUUGGUGGCCUGCCUAACAGGCAACAGGCCGAAGUUAAUGGUGGGUCCUUCAAAGGCUGUAUCCAAGAUGUAAGGUUUAACAGCCAGAAACUGGAAUUCUUCCCAGAUUCAACAAACAAUGCAUCUCACCAUCCAGUUCUUGUCAACGUGAUCCAAGGUUGUCCUGGAGACAGUGUUUGCAAGUCCAACCCCUGCCGCAAUGGUGGUGUCUGCUAUUCCUUGUGGGAAGACUUCUUCUGUGCCUGCCCUGUGAACACAGCUGGGAGAGGCUGUGAGGAAGUAAAGUGGUGUGAUUUCAGUCCAUGUCCUCCCAGCGCCCACUGCCAACUGGUGUCCCAAGGCUUUGAAUGUAUCGCAAAUUCUGUUUUGAGUGGACAGAGAAGUGAAGCAUUGUUCAGAAGCAAUGGGAAUAUUACCAGAGAGCUCACUAAUAUCACAUUUGGUUUCAGAACAAGGGACACCAAUCUGAGAAUACUGCAUGCUGAAGAGGAGGCUGCGUUUCUCAAUAUUAGCAUCCAAGAUUCCAGAUUAUUUUUUCAGUUGCAAAGUGGCAACAAUUUCUCUAUCCUGCACCUGAGAAGUUUACAGUCAGUGAAUGACGGCACAUGGCACCCAGUGACUCUUUCCAUGACAGGUCCCCUGGCCCAGGCCUCCAGGUGGCAGAUGGAACUGGACGACCAAAUACCUUUUGUGACCAGUGCGGGUGCGACUGGAAGCCUCAACUUUUUGAAAGAUAAUACAGACAUUUAUGUGGGUGACCGAUCUACUGACAACACGAAAGGCUUUCAAGGCUGUCUAAGUACAAUAGAAAUUGGAGGCAUUUAUCUCUCUUACUUUGAAAAUGUUCCUGGUUUCACAAAUAAAUGUCAAGAAGAGCAGUUUCUCAAAAUCUCUACAAAUUCCAUGCUUAUGGGCUGUUUGCAGUUAAAUGCCUGCUACUCCAACCCCUGUUUGCAUGGAGGAAAUUGUGAAGACCUCUACAGCUCUUAUCGCUGUUCCUGUCCCUUGGGAUGGGCAGGAACACACUGUGAACUCAACACUGAUGAGUGCUUUGCAAACCCCUGUAUCCGUGGCAACUGCUCCCACCGAGCUGCAGCCUCCCAUUGCAGGUGUGAGUCUGGAUACAUUGGUGUGAACUGCGACACACAGACGGACAAUUGCCACAGUCACCAGUGUGCAGACAGGGCCACCUGCGUGAGUGGCACUAGGGGCUAUUCUUGCUUCUGUUUGGGAAAUUUCCCAGGAGAAUUUUGCAGACACAGCAGAUUAGCCUCAAAAGUCUGUGGGAACUAGAGCGCAAAUCUUACUUGUUACAAAGGAGGGAACUGCUCAGAGUUCCACGCUGAAUUAAAAUGCUGGUGCUGGCUGGGUUUUACUGGAGAACGGUGCGAGCAGGACACCGAUGCCUGUGCCUCGAAUCCGUGUCACCACAGAGGCCUGUGCCGCGACUUGCCCGAUGGGUUCCAGUGCCUCUGUGAAGCGACCUUCGCCGGCGAGCUCUGCCAGCUGGACUUGGCAGGUGACGUGACCUCGGACAUUUUCACCGCCAUUGCUUCAGUGACGUCAGUCUUGCUGCUCAUCCUCUUGCUGGCUGUGGUCGCUUCUGUUGUCGGCUCCAACAAGAGGGCAACUCAGGGAACCUACAACCCAAGCCUUCAGGAAAAAGAGGGUGCUAUAAUGGAAAUGCAGAGAGGGAUGCCGCCCCCCGCGAUGGAGUGGCUGAUCUAGGGGCACUGCUGCCUCUCUGAGAAGGGGACCUACGCACAGUGAACAUAUAUUGUAGAGGAGGGGUUUUGUGACAUGCCGAGUAGAUG